AUGCCUCAACCUUGUUUUUUUACUGGCAUUCAAGCCAGCGGCACCCUUACUUUGGGAAAUUAUUUGGGUGUAAUCCGCCAUAUUUUAGAAAUACAAGAUAAAUACGAGGUAAUUAUUAUGAUUUGCGACUUACAUGCCUUAACCGUUCCUAAGCCUAACUUCAACUAUCGGGAAGUCGGCCACGAAAUCGCUGCUUUAUUAUACGCUUGCGGGCUAAAAGAGGAAAAUUGUAAAAUAUUCAUUCAAUCGGAGAUAAAAGAGCAUGUUGAACUGGCUUAUUUGCUUUCUCCGCACAUCACGGUUAGCGUUUUGUCUAAUAUGAUUCAAUACAAGGAAAAAAAAAAAGAGAAAGAAUCUGGCAAUUUGGCGUUGUUGUCUUAUCCGGUUUUAAUGGCAGCGGAUAUUUUUCUCUACGAUGCGGACUUGGUUAUUGUCGGUCAGGACCAAACCCAACAUCUCGAAUUAGCCACUAAUAUCGCCCAAAAAUUCAAUAAUUUUUACAACAAAAAUCUGCUAAAAAUCCCGAAAUUUACUAUCCCUCAUUUGGGAGCUAAAAUAAUGGGUCUAAAAAACCCACAAAAAAAAAUGUCAAAAAGCGAGAAUGAUUUUCUGGCCUUAUUAGACAACCCGCAAGUCGUUGCCAAAAAAAUUAAAGAAGCGGAAACUGAUAGUGAAAAUAAAAUUUACUACGACCCGACUAAAAAAGCCGGUAUUUCCAACCUCUUAACCAUUUACGCUUUGUUAAAAAACCAAGAGAUAAGAGAGGCUGAAAAAGAAUUACAAAAUCUCAACUAUCACCAAUUUAAACUCAAACUUAUUGAUUUACUUAAUGAAAAUUUGGGAAAAAUACAAAAAAAAUAUGUUGAAAAAAUUAAACGUUCUCUAGCCAACGUUAGUCCACGGAGUAGUUUUUUAGAACAUUAUGUUGAAGCAUUAAGGCAUUAUGAAGCCGAAGCAAUUAAAAAAAAUGUAGUUUAUGAAAAAAUUAUGAGUCCUGUGGAUCUAAAAUUUAUUAAGGAUUCGAUUGACGCUUCUAAUGAGUUAAAUCAAGAAGAAAAAGAGGGAUUGAAGAGUAUCUACGCUAGCGAUGACAUUGAAAGUGUUCUUAAAAUGAAAGAGACGGUUUUUACUCAUAUAUUAGAAGAAAGAAAUUUAAAAGCAGCAAGGAACGAUUUCAUUAAAAACAAUCAUAGCCAACAACAAGGUUAUAAUGAUGAAAUUAGAAAAACUAGAAAUCCCUCUCUUUUCGAUUCCGCUGAGUUAGACGGCCCUCCACUAUUAAAUAUUGACGAAUUAGAUAGUAAAUUCCAUGAUUACGAAAAUUUGACUCUGAAUGAAUUAGAAGCCAUUAAAAAUGACCUUAUUGCGACUAUUAAAAACCGCCGAGCCACAAAAAAAUUGAGUGAAUUGCUGAGCCAGGCUAAAACCUGUGCGGAUA